AGAAACAAACAUACAUAACCUAUCUUUGGUCCACACGUUCUUCGGUAUUUCACACAGUUUUGUUAUUUAAAGAUUGUUUUCACCAAAAAUGGCACUGCCAAAGGAAACACCAUCGCCGAAGAGUGCCGAUACAGUGAGCAAAGAUGUUGCAAAUAUUUUAAACACCAUCAAACGAAAGAGUGCUGCCGAUUCGGCCGAAACACCUGAAAAACAACCGAAAUUAGAUGCAACAAAACCGAAGCCCAAAAAGAAAGUUCUAAAGAUUCCCAGAGGCAAACCGAAAUCGAACAGACCGUGGAAGGAGGUCAAACAGAAAUUUUCAAACAUCAAGAAAUCCAUCUACCGAUCGCCAAAAGACAAAAAAGACGAAUUCCGCAACGACAUGAAGCACAUCAAGGAACUGUCGCGAUCGAUAAAGGAAAACCGUAAGCAGGAAAAUGAAGUGAAACGACAGCGUCGUGAAGAAAAUGCCAAAAAGAAAUUGGAAAAUGAACGCAGGUCGGAAAUUGUGCAGGUCAUCAAAAAUCCAGCAAAAUUGAAGCGAAUGAAGAAGAAAGCAUUGCGAAAGAUUGAGAAACGAGAUCUAGCCAACAUUAAAGUUGUGUGAAGUUGAA